AUGCAGUUGGACGCGUUGUGUCUUGUACUAAUGUGCGCCAAGCUUCCACAGUGUUGUUGUUGGUGCCAUCAGGAGGGGAUAUGUUACACAAACUAUGCAUAUAUUGCAGUGCCUUGCAGUGCCGAAGAGCAUAUUAUUCGCUGCGCCGCUCAAUACACGCCAGAGAGGCGCCUGGUUCGGCCGAGGGCUGAGAGGCUUGAACAGCUCCUCGACAUCUCACACAACCUGCAAGUCAAAUAUGAGGGCAACUCUUGGGCUGGUGAUGACAUUCUUCUCUCCCUAUCGACAACGAUGAAGCCCAUCAACGAAUUAACCAUCUUGUCCCUGUUCCUCACUGCGGCGAGCGCAGCAUCGAUACUCUUCAAAGGUGGAACCGUCAUUGCCUUCAACAAACAAACUCAAGGUCUACGCGUUCUCCGGGAAGGCUCAGUUCUCGUCGAGAAUGACCGCAUCGCUGGCGUAUAUGAUUCAACACCAAUCCGCAUCCCUCCCCGGACCGAGAUCGUCGACAUCGCCGGCAAGAUCAUCACUCCAGGGUUCAUCGACACCCACCGCCAUGGAUGGCAGACAGUCUUCAAGACCAUGGCCUCCAACACCAGCCUCCUUGAGUUCUUUGGCCGCUACAGCUCGUUUGUAGCCCCCUUUUUCUGGAAUGCCACAGACAUUUAUGACAGCCAGCUUGCCGGUCUGUACGAGGCACUGAACGCGGGCGUCACGACUUCGCUUGACCAUGCCACUCACACCUGGUCCAAAGACGCUGCUGAGGCGGGUCUCCAGGCCUGUAUCGACAGUGGGGCGAGAGUGUUCUGGGGAUUCACCUUUGCCAAUAUUACUGGAUUAAUCACAGUUGCAGAGCUGUAUCCAGUCUUCCGGAACAUGGCUGCCAAACCAGGACUGAGAAGCUCCCCUACUACUCUGGGCAUUGCCUACGACGGCUGGGGCCCGAACCCGAAUGUUGGGGAAAUCAACAAAAUCAUGGCGCUUGCGAGGGAGCUCAACGUAUCAGUCAUCACAACCCACUCCCUCCAAGGACCCUGGGGCUGUAUGUGUUCCCCUUUCCACACCCCCCCCCUUAUUCCAACCUCACUAACCCCCCCCUGCCAUGGAACCUCAGUCAGCAACUCCCCCGAAGACAUCCACGCCCUAAACUACCUCAACAUCUCCACCCCCAUCGUCUUCUCACACGCCUCCUUCCUCACCCCCACCGGCGCCGACCUGCUACGGUCCACCAACCAGUACGUCUCCAUCACCCCCGAGUCAGAGAUGCACUACGGCCAAACCCACCCAGUUGCCUACUCCAUCCAGGACCAAGCCUCUCUCGGCAUCGACACUCACAUCACAUUCAGCACCGACAUCCUCACCCAAGCCCGCAUCUGGCUUCAACAGGCGCGGUACGAGCGUUAUCUUAACGUGCUCGAGCAGGGAAAGCUACCAGCUAGCAAUCCCAUGUCGGUCGAGCAGGCAUUCCUGCUCGCUACUAGGAACGGGGCCCUGGCGCUGAGACGUGAUGAUUUGGGUGGGAUUUUUGUGGGUGGGAAGGCUGACUUGGUGGUGUGGGAUGGGGAUUCGCCGGGGAUGCUGGGGUGGUCUGAUCCUGUUGCUGCUGUGAUUCUUCAUGCGAGUGUGGGUGAUAUUGAGGCUGUGUUGGUGGAUGGGAAGUGGAUUAAGCGGGGGGGUGAGCUCGUCGCGCGGGGCUGGCCCGAGGCGAGGGCGAGGUUCUUAAGGACGGCGAAGAGGCUUCAGGGGGUGUGGAGGGAUAUGCCGUUGCCGGAGGCGCCGGCGGAGUUCAAUGGGAGCCCGGUUGUGCACCCGGAGAGGGUGGAUGUGGUUAGGGGGCCGGGGGAUGGGUAUGGGAAUGUUUACAUUUGA